AUGGUUCUAGGACCGAAAUUCAUGUGGACUGCCUUUGCUUGCGGAUUGGGAAUCCCAGCAAUCGGAUUGACAGUUAUGCUGAUACUGACUGGAGUAUCAUUCCGAUUUGGCGAUAUCUGCCACAUCAACGUGACGAAUGGACUAUACGACUACUGGAUCCCAGUCAUGGUCUUCGCCGUCGCAGCCCUCUUCCUCCAGCUAUCAACGAUGAUUUACUGCACCCACAUCUACCUCCGCUCCCUCUUCGACAAAUCCGCCUCAAUGUCAGGCAGCUCCGGUCCCAACCUCGCCUCCUACACAGCCAGCAUCGGCACCAUGACAGCCCGACAGGCCUACCGGCGCGUACGUCGCGUCCUUGAACUCCAAUGGCGCGGUAUCGCCCUCACAUCAAUCAUUCUCGGCAACGUGAUCUUCUUUGCAGUCGUCUUUAUAAAACUCGACAACGCCGUUGCACCAACAGUCGAAAACAUCAAAACCGCAGGCCCCUGGCUAGUUUGCCUCGCCGAAACCGACGACAAGGAUCUCUGUCGCGAACACACCGCAGCCAUCGGCCCCAACGAAGCAACCCUACUGGCACUCGUGUUUCUGCUCUCACUCGUCGGCUUUUGGAAUUUUAUCCUCUUCGCGCAUCCAUCCAUGUUCGCCGGCUGGCUGGAUCUAUUCCACCGCAAAAUGAGAAACCGCAACGAGUUCGUCUCUGCAGAUGCGACUACCCGAUUCGUCGACAACAAAGGCUUCGAAAUGCUGACUACAUCUGUGAAAUCACCCGAUGCAUGCAUGUGCUCGCCAAGUCCUCCCCGAAUAGGCGGGCAUGGCCGUGUUGAUUUUAUGCGCUCACCAAGCCCCACACAAAUGGUCGGGCCUGACCGUAACGCUUCUAUGCCCUCGACGAGCCCUAUGCAGAUGACUGGAUGUGGCCCGAGUCCGAUGGCCAGUCCAAGUCCAAGCUCCGAGUGCAAUGCUCAUGUCGCCCGUGAGGCUCGCUUUGUGCGUCCCUCUUUGAGCUUUUCCGGGCCUAGGCCGCCUAGCUCGUUACAGGGUGUACGCGAGUGGGAUCCUCAAUCCACGUUUGCGUCAGUAUAUGGGCGAGAACGAGUGUAA